AUGUCGCAGUCCCGCAUACUAGACCUGGUGAAGACGCAAUGUCGCAUCUUCUCCGCGACUUUCAACCCUCAACGUCUCAGAUUGGGUAACAAGAUCUUGCGGCAACGUUUGCGUGGUCCCACGUUAGCAGCUUGGUAUCCAACGAAGAUUGUAUCCUUCCGUGAUCUUCAGAACACAUAUAAGCCCCUUGGCUUGACGACGUUCGACGAAGCCGAAGACGACCGCGAGGAAGCCAUCCAAAUUACCAAACUGCGAGGAAAGGGACGGCCGAAGAAAAAGAGAACGGCAGCAGAAUCGAGAUCCGCGAAGAAGAAGAAGUAG